CUCUGCCUUGCCAAAGAGAUGGCCGCGCUUCAAAUACAUUACAGAAUACCGCUUCUCAUCACUUAUUUCAUCAACGUUCAAGCGAAUUUAGAAGGUCCAUUCCUAUUCUUCGGCCCUAAGUCUCUCGAGAAAUACAAGAGGCCGGCGUUGAAGUUCCUUGAACAAGAUGACUUGAUGCGGAUAUAUGGGGAGCAGUCAGCGAUCGUGGUGUUUAACAACCAGGACUCGGUGCCGUUGUCAAGUGGCUACUUCCCGCGGCUGAGGAAGAUGCUUGAGGGGCACACGACACUGGUGCUGCCCCAAGAUUUCUUGGAUGUCCACCCCGACUACAUUAGCAAUGAGACGCAGAUGCUGACUCUGCAAGGCCCCUGGUCGGAGCGAGACGCCCAGAUGACGGAAACAUUCGCUCGGCUCCAGGACAUCUACGGAGCCGGCAGGGUGCUCGGGAUACUCGGCAACUCGGUGUCCCAGAGCCAGGCCGAUUACACGGAAGGCGAGUGGAACCGCGUGAGACGCCAAGCGGAUGAGAGCAGCACCAGCGCUGGCACGCCGAGCUCGGAGGAGGACAGGCCUGUGAGGCAAGGGCCCAAGUAUUCGCUCUAUAAUGCCACAGGUCCUCCCGGUAAAAGCGCUCUCCUAUACUCAUCUGGCUGGCCAGAGCUGCGUUGGGCUAACGGUUCCACCACAGUGUUAGACACGCAGGUCGGCGAGCCCACGGUCAAGCCCACUCGGCUCUACACCAUCCUGGUGGUAAGAUUCGCGGAUGGCGACUCCAGAGACAAGAUUACGCUGGAGUUCAGCUUCAAGCAGGCGGGCGGGUGGUGGCAGGCGGUGGGCGUGGAGGUGAAAUUCGGCCUGGAGAACACCGGACUCAACUUGCAGGCGCCGGCGCCACCCGACGCGCCCGCCGCCGUACUAGGCCGCGCCUACGAGUGCUCGCUGCCCCUCAUCUACUCUUCCGAAGAGGCCACUCUCACGCUGCCCGACAUCCAGAUGCAGCCAUUUAUGGACAGCACGGAAAAAUUCGCUGAUGCUUUUAACUGCAUCGGCUUCACGACAGUCCCUAUAUGGUCGGGGCUCAUGGUGUCGUUUAUAAUGUUAAUCGGGUUGGGCAUCUCAAUAACUAUGAUUAUGGACAUCAAAACUAUGGACCGCUUCGAAAACAACCGGAGUAAACAGCUCACCAUUACAGUUACCGAGUAAAGAGUAUACACCCCAGUAAGAUUCUCGAGCAACGACCAUAGACAAGGCAGCCUGUGCAGUAGCCAUUUUACAUACAAAAACGUCUAUUGCGCCAGUUUAUUUGUCUGUGGUUUUGCUUAAAAAUUUGGCGCUGUCUAUAACUUAACCAAACAAAGCAAUUUUAAACAUUAUUCAACGGCUCGUUCUCAUGUAAGUAAUAUUUACCAAUGUUAAAAUUUUAAAUUAAGCAAGUUAAUCAAACAAUAUGUACUAUGUAUUUACUUAUUACUAUUUAUAGUAAUUGUAUAUGAUAACUACUACAAAUCUUAAAUUGAAAAUUUUAUUGAUAUUGUGAUUACAGCACUACAUUUACAAUAGUAAUUUUAUAAGGUAGGUAGUGUAAAUCUUUUAUUGUAAAUUUUAUUGAUAUUGUAACUUCAGCGAGUUAUUCAAGAGUAGUUAUAUAUAUUUUUAUUAGGGUGUUGUUUGUAAUUAGUCAUAUUUGUAUAUUAUAUAACAUGUCAUAAAAGUUGCGAAAAGGAGUAUUAAGUAGAAGACCGAUAGAUUCUUAGGCUAGGUAAUACGUUAUAGACUAGUACAGACAGACAGCUGCAUGUCAAGUUUCAAAAA